AUGUCGAUUUCAGCAAAUUACAGACUCUCUGAUCCAAUCAGCGCUGCCGCUUGUGACGUCAGAAUCCAGAUAUCUGCCCCGCAAACCAGGAAGUGCGGCUCAGUCUCCGAGUGUAACAGAGAUCGGCGCUGCUCUCUCGGGAUGUCGGGACUGGCCUUCGCAGCUCUCGUUCUUUGUCUCCACAUAACGGCGGGUGAGUCUCAGCAUUUUACCAUUCUCGCUGAGCACAGCGAGAUAAAUGUCACCAUCGGGAGAGAUGCGCUCUUUUCAGUGCGGCCGUCGGGCAAUGUCAGCAGUGGAAGCUGGAAUUUCAAUGGGAGAACACUCGUCCAGUGGAUCGGCCAAACCUUGACCAUUGACAAUGUCUACAGAUCUCGGGCUGAGUUAUUCACCUCCAACGGGUCGCUUCUGCUGAAGUCGGUGAACGUGUCGGACAGCGGGGAAUACCGUGUGAAUAUGUUUCCAAUUAGUGGCUCCCAAACCUCAGCGACCGUCACUCUGCGUGUCACUGGACCUGUUUCCAAUGUCACUGUUACAUCUAAUGCCACCAGACUGAUUGAGUACAGCGACACCGUCAGACUAACCUGCUCUGCAAGAGGCACGGAUGUCUCUUACCUGUGGCUUGAGGAGAACAGCGUGAUCAUUUCCGGUGGCAGGUUUGAGCUGAGUGCCGAUCACAGCACACUCACUGUUUCUGGAGUGCGACGGACAGACGGAAAUUUCACCUGUAGAGCAAGCAACGUGAUUAACGAAAUCACGAGCGCUCCGUUUUCUCUUAAUGUCAACUACGGACCGGAUCGUCCAUCCAUCAUCACUCAACCGCACUCGUCUUUUCACAUUGCCGGAGGCUCCCUAAGGUUAACAUGUUUCUCACAGUCCCGCCCAGAUGCUCAAUUGAAUUGGCAACUGAACGGUGCCCACCUACACAGUGGGCAGGAGGUCGUCCUCGACAGCAUCUCUGUGAACAACGCGGGAACGUAUACUUGUGAGGCCUAUAACAUAGUUACAAAAAGGAACAAUGCCUCAACUACGCAAAUCAAUGUGUUCGGUUUCUAG